AUGGCUAUGAUUAUUUUGCUAUUGACAAGUUUGGCUAUUGGAUCCGCAAGUGGACAGGAGGAUGCGGCUAUUAUCGCGCCAAUAAAUCCGCUUCCAGUGAAGCCAGUGCUACCAUCUAUCACUUGUGCCAAUGUUCUGUGCAUAAUGAAUUCCACCUGUGUGAUGUAUGAGGCUCUUGAUGGGAAGAUGAAGCCAUAUUGCUUGCCAAUUGAUUAUAAGAACACCUGUGCCCACACCAAAUGUAAAUGCCUCGAGAAAUGCGUAAUGGUCGAGGUCACUUGUGUCACGGCUCCAUGUUACCCGGUACCCGAGUGCAGACCCCGCCGGAUCAUCCGCCCACCCAUCCAGCCAAAUCCUAUCGAGCCACUUCCAAUCGAAUCCGCUCGCAACAAGCGUCAAGCAGAGGUCUCUUUGGACAAUCCGCUGCCAGUGGUACCAUUGAAUCCAUGUGAUACAGUCAAGUGCGCUGCUGGUACUCAAUGUGUGCUUCAUGAUGCAGUUUGUAAAGCUCCUCCAUGCAAUCCUAUACCUACAUGUGAACCUAUCAGAUGCCCAGGUAAAAAUCAAGAGUGGUUGCAAUGUGGAUCGGCUUGUCCAAAGAGAUGUGAGCAGAAAGAACCGGUGUUGUGCAAAGCAGUGUGCCGUCCGGGAUGUUUUUGCAAAAAAGGAUUCUGUCUAAGCAAAUCGGGAAAAUGUGUUGCUGAUAACAACUGUGGAAUUUUGAUCGAAUAA